AUGUUGCUCAAGCGAUUCGGCCCCACGCCAGGAAAAGAAGGACCCUACGAUACCUUCCUCGCUGGCCUCCUAGGAGGCUACGUCGUCUUCGGCCGCCGCUCCAAGCGCACCGGCAAAAUCCCCUCCGUCAGCCAACAAAUCGUCAUCUACGUCUUCGCGCGCGUCGUCCUCGCCCUCGCGCGCAUAUCCGUCAAGCCUGGCGCGGGCCUCCCCGUCGUCUCCAAGGAGCCGCUGAGCUCGCAGAUCAGCCACUACGCGUGGCCGGCGUUCGCGUCGCUGUCGUGGGCUAUGGUGAUGUACCUCUUCAGGUGGCAUCCCGAGGACCUGCAGUCGAGUUUGAGGAGCAGUAUGAAUUAUAUCUAUGUCGACUCCGAUCAUUGGGAUUCGUUGAGGAACUUUAUCUGGCACAACAAAUAG